ACACCGUUUCAUCAGCUCGAAACCUUACCUCCUCCUCUCUCAUCACUUCAUCAUCGCCGCCCUUCACUUGUCUCCCUCUGCAACUCUUCCUCUAAACCUACAAAUAAACUAUCUACUCCUCUUCAAAGCCAUAAACUUUUUUCUUUGACCCAUCUCUCAAUCUUAGGGAAUAUAGAAACGAAUUCAAAGCAAAUCUAUUUCAAACAAAUUGACUGAGCUAAAGGCGAUUGGAGAAAUGAUCAUCCAGUAGGUUAGGCCAAUAAUCAAUCACAUCAUCCAAGUUCUUAGCUUUUCUCCCUCUCUAUCUCUGAAGAGAAAACCCUAAAACCUAAUUGCAAUAACUGUAAUUAAAGGAGGUGGAAUAUAAUGAAAGGAGGAAGGAAGAAUCUGAAGAGGGCGGCUGAGGAACAUAACUUAACGCUUGAAGAUGGCAAAAGCAUCGCUCAAGUGGUGUCUCUUAGAGGUUCCAAUGUCAUUGAGGUGAUGGAUGCAAGAGGCGAGAAGUCACUGGCACUGUUUCCAGCUAAAUUCCAAAAGAGCAUGUGGAUAAAACGAGGGAGUUUUGUAGUUGUUGAUGAAAGUGGAAAACAGAAAGCCCUAGAGUCAGGCAGCAAGGUGGCCUGUAUAGUUUCUCAAGUUCUCUUUUAUGAACAAGUUCGAGCACUUCGGAAAUCUCUUGAAUGGCCAGAAAUCUUCAAGUCCACAACUUCGGAUGAUUCUAAUGGAAGUCUGCACAAGAGUACCUCACAACAAGAAGAUGAUGAGUUUGAUUCAAGUGAUGAUGAUGGGCUCCCGCCAUUAGAAGCAAAUAUGAAUAGAAUCAAACCGCCAGAGUUCCAAUCAGAUGCAGAGUCAAAAUCGGGAUCGGAUACAGAUUCAUAAAAUUAUCAUAAAUUUGGCAACUUGAAAUGACAAGAAUCAAAUUUGUCUCUGCUGUUUUUAAUUUGUAAAUUUGUUUUUAUAAGAUUGAUUAUUUAUAGUACAUUGAGAAUUCAAGCAGUCCUUAGCAUUUAAAGUGGCAGUCUUCCCUUGCUCUGCAACUUUUUUUUGAUCUCUUUCAAUAGCUGUUGUCAUUUGGAUUCCA